GCAAAGUUAAAAGAGAAAAAAAGGUACUUUUCAAUAAAUUAUUCCUCUUUGUACAGUUUAACAGGUUUUGUUACUUUUUCCGCGUGUGCCAGUCAAUCAGUGCCAGAUUUUUUAUAUAUCCUCUAAAUUCACACAAGAAACCUAUAAAGUAUCAUAAAGCCUUAAUUUUGUGUUUUGUAAUUUUGGCUUAAUCUAUCAUCAUCACUUCUACACAAUAUAUAUAUAUUUUUUAGUCAAGCCAAGAAAGUAAUCGCGUGUAUACAAACGUAACAUAAAUGUGAAAUAAAGAUUCUGGUUCACCACUUCCGGGUUAGCCUACAAAAAUACGUCAUCGCUAAAACAGAAUUAAACAAAUUUAAUCCACGGGCAAAGCAGCACAGAGUGAGACCUCUCUCUCGUCUGCGCCUCUUUGAUCAGCGUUGUUGAAAUAAAAGUGUGGAAAACGUCAUUUCUGCCCAGUGCGCGUGCUCUGAUGUGACAUAAUGGAACGUGCGAGCCUAGAAAAGCUCGAGGCGGCGCGAGCGGGCACACAGUACAGUCAGGUCCGAGCAGCAGGCUGAGGUGUCCCAACGUUAAUGAGGCAGGACAUCAUUCAUUGAACCAAGUCGUUCGCUCCUCUGAGGUUAUGGGCACGGCUCCGUUCUGAGGGAGCGCCGAACACUGCGACUAGUCAUUUCGAAAAACGGAAAUAAUGAUGAAGAAGGAUAUUAACUUGAGCCUGGCGGACGACGCUGACCUCAAGCCGCAUCUCCGCGACGCCGAGAGCCUCCUCAGCUCCCCGGACUUGGGGCUGCUCAAACUGGCCUCCCCGGAGCUGGAGCGGCUCAUCAUCCAGUCCAACGGGAUGGUCACGACGACGCCCACCAGCUCCCAGUUCCUCUACCCGAAGACGGUGACGGACGAGCAGGAGUUCGCCGAGGGCUUCGUGAAGGCGCUGGAGGACCUGCACAAGCAGAACCAGCUGAGCGGAGCCGGGCAGACGAGCAGCAGCCUGGACCUGGGCGCCAACAUCGCCCCGGUCACCGUGCAGCCGGAUCUACCGGUGUACACGAACUUGAACAGUUACGGCAGCGGGCCGCUGGAAACCACCGUCAACUACUCCACAGACACCGUCCCUUUCCCGCCUCCUCCGUCGCAUCAUUUGGGGGCAGCCCCGCCGCAGCCCGACCUCUCUCGGGUCCAGCCGCUGAAGGAGGAGCCUCAGACGGUCCCCGACGUGCAGAGCUUCGGGGACAGUCCACCGCUGUCUCCCAUCGACAUUGACUCACAGGAGCGCAUGAAAGCCGAGAGGAAGAGGCUGCGGAACCGGAUCGCAGCCUCCAAGUGUCGGAUGCGCAAACUGGAGCGGAUCUCCAGGCUGGAGGACAAGGUCAAGACGCUAAAGAACCACAACGUCGAUCUGGCGUCAACGGCGAGCCUGCUGAGGGAGCAAGUGGCCCAGCUGAAACAGAAAGUCCUCACCCAUGUCAACAGCGGCUGCCAGCUGCUGCCACACGAAGUCCAGGUCCACUAGUCUGAGGACAUGACCUGCAGUCGGGCUACUGACCAGCAUAUAAGCUUCAUGGACUUUGUUAAUGUUGGUUGCUCUGUAUGUAGCCCAGAUGUUUGCCGUUCCUAGGGGAAUGAUUGCCAGGCCGCGUAGGCCAAACUGUACAUUAAUAACGGUCAGUUUAAAUUGCUCUGAACAUCAGCGAAGAUAUCAUCAUACCUGGUAGAACGCGGUGUAGGAUAAUGUGUGACGAGACCCUCCCGCUCUGAUCGGCCAUCAGAAAAUACUGAUAAGUUGCAUUUUAUUGAGUAAAAGCAAUUUCCAGGAUCUACAUCUCCACACACGCUCCCGUCCAGUGGGGAUGAUUCGCCAGUAUUAAUCGCUAGAUUUUUAAAUUAAGUGUCGCCAAUUGGUCGAUUGGGUUUAUGCCGAAAUAAAGAGCGUUACACUUUGAUAUAUUCGAUGAUUGAAAUGCUGUUCUACCUCGUAUGCAUGUUUACUGGUGCUCAAAUCAACAUGGAACUGCAUUUGAAUUUUUUUGCCGGAAUUUUGUCAUGAGAUUCCCUGAUGAGAGAACUAGGCACUUACUGGGAGGGCUGUGUGCUCACCUUUAAUGACAGAAGGGAUAUAAUUGUUUUUUGUUUUUGUUUUUUUUUCUGUAAAAAAAUGUUUACAGGCUGGCUGUUUCUGUAUACAGUCUCAAACAUGGACCAAACCGAUUUUCAGUAUUUGUACAGUGAUAUGUACACAUGUGAUACAGAUUAAUAUAUGAGGAACUGGUCGUGAGAGAAAUUCACACACCCACAUUUGAUAUGACACCCAUCAUCUACAUCUAUGGACUAAUUAGUUUGCAUGUUGUUGACAUACUCGAAUGUUGCCCACUGCUGGGUGUCAAAGGGUGCGAUUUAAUCAGUGUUUAUUAACGUCAACAUUUUACAAACACAUGUAUUUAUCUUUUUAUGUUAUUUUUUACUCCACUGUGUCUCUGAUUCAAUGUGUGGUAAGCUUUUUUGUUGCACUGACUGUUGCUGUCACCUCUAGCCUACAGUUACUUGGCUGUAUGCUGCUGUGUUCUGAAUUAAACGCUGCGGGCAAUAAACACUGUUUCCUCCA